GAAUGAAUGGGAAACGUUUCCAUGGCUGAAUCACAGUAGAGGAGGGAAGGAGAGCUUCAGACAAAGCAGCGAGAAACUUUUGGGACUGCUUUUCGCAAGUCUUGCUGUACUAAAGAUGACUGUACAGAAGAAAGAGAUGAUCCAGUAGAUUCCGCAUCUUUCUGUGGAGAUAAAAGCGAUGUUGAAGUGAAUUUAAAGCGCCGAUGUUUGAGGGAGAAGCUUAUUUCUUUUCUACGGCUCCACAAACAUUUCCAAUGCAACAGGUUCGAGAGUCACAUCUGACCGCUGGUGACCCCUCAGCCAGCUGUUUUUGGGUGGAUUUCUACCUCAGCACAGAGGAAGUGGUGUAAAACCAGACAAAAUGGUACCUAACAAGUGGACUAUGCAUCCGAUUCUUCACAAAUCACCUCCUAGAAGUUGGCUUGGCAUCCGGCUACGUCUAAAUGAGAAGGCCGCUCAGGAAGAGGAAUGUAUGAUGUGUCAGCAUCCAGACUGCAUGGACCACCGUCACGCCACAAAGGUGUGUCAUCAUCCAGACUGUCAGGAAGUGAACAAUAAAACCCCUCUUCACCUGUGUGAGUCAUGCGAUUCUCGUUGUCAUCUGGUUGAGACUGACAAAAUGCACUUUGACCGACAUCCACGCUUUGACAUACAGCCACAAGGUUCCAUCCUGGCGCGAAAUGUGUCCACGCGGUCCUGUCCCCCUCGCACAAGUCCCCAUUCAAAUUCAGAGGAAGACGAAGAAGGAACUAGUGAACGAGUGGAACGCAAGACAGGAGGACUGAAGAUGAAAGGAAAAGAGGGAAAGAAGCCCAUACGACGCCAUACUGAUGACCCAAGGAAGGAAUGCUUCACGCUUAAGUUUGACCUGAACAUUGAUAUUGACACAGAGAUCGUUCCUGCAGUGAAAAAGAAGACGCUACGAGAGGUAAUCGCACCAAUUUUUGAACGGAAGGGGAUCGAAUUUUCCCGGGUUGAUCUGUUUUUGGACCAAUCAAACACGCCGCUCUCGCUCCACUUUGAAGCCUAUCGUUUGGGAGGACAUUACCUCAAAGUUAAAGCUCGACCCGGUGAUGAGUUAAAGGUAGAGCAAAGCGUGAAAGAUUUCCGCUCUCUCAGUCUACCAAACAUGAAGCCGACAGGAGGUGGCAGUCUCUACAUCCUCACACCAGGCAGUGAGGGGACUGAACUGAUACUGCCUCAAGAUCGACGGCGGAAAAACAUGUGCGAGUUCCUGGGUGAUGCAAACAUCCGAUGCCCUGAUGCUCAGGCCACGCUGAGCGGGUCGCUGCCAAGCGUCGCUCCCGGAGGAUCUCUGUCCGGUGUGGGUAACGGACCCGACAACUGGAAGAACCGUGCCACCAGUCGGUUCAGUGUGUUUUUUGGUGGCGGUGUAUCCGGAAAGGAGGUGGACCGCGUGGAGUUUCUUCAUACUAAGUUGGAUGCGUACAAACUGUAUGGUUUGCCCAAGAAUGCCUUUCAUAAAGACUCCUGGGAGGAGGAGGAACCAAACCUGACGAUGGAGGACAGCUGGGGACAACUACUGGAUGACCCAAAGAGUUUAGGUCGUCGUCAGUUUCAGCAACAAGAGGCGGUAUGGGAGCUGAUCCAAACAGAGGCUACGUAUAUCAAGAAACUCAGUGUCAUUACUGAUCUCUUCAUGUGCGGCCUGCUGAAUCUACAGGAAAACGGUCUGCUGUGUGAGGUGGAGCCUUCGCGCCUCUUCAGCAACAUCCACGACAUCGUACGUCUGCACAAAACAUUUUGGGUACAGGUGAUGUUUCCGGUUCUGGAGAAGGCACGGCUGACACGAAGCCUGAUCGACCCCACGGACCUCAAGGAGGGGUUCAGUACGUUUGCAUCCAGAUUUCAGCCGUAUGUCCGGUACUGUAUGGAGGAAGAGAGCUCUUUGGAGUACAUGCGUUCCCUGCUGAGAGAGAAUGAACUUUUUAAGAUCUACAUCACGUGGGCCGAAACAAAUGAGCAGUGCAAUCGUCUGAAGCUGGCGGAUAUGCUGGCCAAACCUCACCAGAGACUCACCAAGUAUCCUCUGCUCCUAAAAACCAUUCUGAAGAAAACCGACGAUCAAACCACCAGAGAUGCCCUAAACAGCAUGGUGUCGUAUGUGGAGGGCUUCAUUUACGGUGUGGACUCUCAAAUGCAUCAGCGACAGGAGAAGCAGAAACUGGCGGCCAUUUCGGCUCGAGUGGAGUCGUACGAGGCUGUGGAGGGAGCGAGUGAGGAGGUGGAGAGGGCUCUUAAGGAGUUUAAUCGCUUUGACCUGAUGGCACCUAUGAUUGACACAUCACCUGAAGAGACGAGACAACUUCACCUGGAGGGGGCGCUCCGUAUGAAAGACGGCAAAGACGGCAGGAUGGACGUUCAUUGCUUCCUGUUCACCGAUUUGCUGUUGAUCACGAAACCGGUGAAGCGCUUAGAGAAGGUGAAGGUGAUCAGACAGCCUCUUCUGCUUCAUAACGUCGUGUGUAAGGAGCUUAAAGACCCAGGCUCAUUUGUGCUCAUCUACCUCAAUGAGUUCAAAAACGCUGUGGCCGCGUACUCAUUCCAGGCCAACAGCGCCCCCCAGGGGCGGAGCUGGACUGACGCUAUCUGCAAAGUCCAGAAACAACUUCAUCGGUUGCGCUCUGAAGAAGCGAAACGUCAGAAAGCCUGUCUGAAAAAGAAGAUUGAGGAACAUCAGGAAGACGAAGAGAGCUGUAACUCCACCACCAGCUCACCGCAUCUCAGACACAAAGAUCACAACAACAGCCAAUCAGAUGGCUCCACUGAAACCCUCUCGGUGAUGGAUAUGGAUGAGUCUGGAUCUUCUCUAGAUCCCUCCAUCAUGCAAGCUGACCCAUGUGGGACUCCAGAACCUGAAGCCGGUCUGUCCUCUCAUCCACAGCAGAACGCCGACUUUGUGCCGCAUCCGGACGGUCAGGAUGGAUCAGACCUAGACCCACAAUGCCGCUCGAUGUCAAUGGACAGCGCCUAUGGCACCCUCUCGCCCGAGUCCACGUUGGAAGUGCAGGGCCGAGUGGUUGCAGUCGAAGAAGAGGAUUCGGAGGAGGACAAGGUGAACACGACGGCAGAAGAUGAGGAGCAGGAGAAUGUGGACAAGGAUGACGAUGAAGAUGACAGAAGCUCAUUCGGUUCUCAAAACUCAGUGACAGAUUCUCUUAAACUCAAGCGACAACCGCCAGUCCAGCGUCGUCUGCCCUUUCUGCAGAGACUCGCCAUCAAAUGCCUCUCGGAGGACAACCUGCUCUCCUCGGUUCAGCACAGUAACCAUGGUGUUACCAGGGCAGCGACCGACUGCACCGGAAUUCAGCGGAAAAGAGUGAAAUGUUUAGAGGGCGUGCCGCUCAGUAGGAGCCUGUCGGAGCUCAACAGUGCUGAAUCGGAUGAAUCUCUACCGACGGAUGGAGAGACAGAUGAAAGCGAAAAACUAAUGCGUAGCUUACCCACCGUCAUGCUUUUGGACACGCUUAAAAAAGCUAAAAUAGCACAUGAGGCUGGUGGUGUUCACUGCAGUGCGUCUGAUGGGGAGAUAUCGCCUCCUAGUGGUUUGGAGAGAUUGGGCCGCAGUAAACUACCCAAUCACAAAAAACUCACACGGAAACAGCUUUACAGGAUACGGACCGCACUGGUGCUCAACUCGACACUGACAGCUUCAGAAGUGUAGCAUCUUUCUAUCACAAACCGAGUGUGAGGUAAACCUGGUGGGACGCAAUUCUGCAAGACGCCAUUGCACUCGAACCGAUGAGCUCUCCGUUCCCUCUUCAAGUCGGCAUGGGUGUCCUAAUGUGUCCCUUUCCCCCAAAAAAACUGCGUAGCUUUACUGUCCUUUCAUUGACAGGAGGGGUGAAUGACAGACUUAUUAACUUGUUGCACUUUGUAAUACACAACUUUAAAGGAGGUCAAAGCUUUCAGUGGAACUCUAGGGAACAAAAGGAUUAAAGUGUGAGCAUUUACCCCGGGACAUUUGAGGUAAAGACGGGUCAUGACGGCGCAUCGGAAUCCGCUGAAUAUGAGGAAAGAUUGGUGUACGUUGAAUUCCCGAAACACUGCACUACUGCGCGCAUGUGUGUGUGAUUGUGUGUGUGUGUGUGUGACUGAGUGAAUGAUCCUGAACCAAAAUAAUCACUGUCUUUACAUUCAGAUAUCUUGAGUAGCAACUAAAGCACGUUACAGAUAUACGUUUGGACCAGUGUUACUUUAAUAUCGCUGUCAUGCUACUGCUUACACAAUCACAAACCCUUGUUUAGGUUAUAGAUAAUUUACUGUAUACAUGUUUUGUGGGUCAAGUUUAAAUAACUGUAUUGUCAGAAGCAUCAGUUUAGGAAACCUUAUCUAUAGGUUGUAUUCAUAAAUGAAUAUUACAUCUGUGAAAAGCGCUAAAGACCAUCUGCUGUGGUAUCUGUCUUGAGUCCGAGGUGCUGAUCUCAGUGCAGUAUUCUGGUUUGUUACGUUUGAGGGUUCAGGAAAAGCUGUCUGACCCUAGAUCAGCACUUACAAGAGCUUAUACAAAACACUGAACAUUAUAAGGGUUUGUAUGUGAAAGCUUCUGUAAGUUUUCAUAUAUUAACGUAUGAGUUAUUUUUCUGUAAAUGUAUGAUCACACAGACACUGCUGUUACCAGAAAAGUUAAACUGAAUUUGUCUGGUCUUCUGAAUUCUCCUUUUUGAAAGAUAAAACUGCCCAAAGUAAAUAAUAUGGUGUAUUAUAUGUUUACUUAUUAGGGUUCUUGUGUUUGUUAUAUUUAUUAAGCUUGCAUUGUUUUAUAUAUAAAUAUGGUCUUUAAUAGUAUUUCAGUUCACUGUAUUGUUUUGUUGUCAUUUGUCGAAUUGAUUUUGAAAUGCUAAGAACCAAAAUAACAUUGUUUCCCCUAUGUGAGGACGUGUUCCUUUAAUGUCUUUAAAAAUAAAAGACGUCUUUCUGAAUUUAAAA